AUGAGCACACCGACACAAUCACAACAAAGAGUCAUAAGUUAUCCAUAUCAACCUAAUUCGACCUUAAAAGUUGUAGCUGGUCCAGGCUCAGGAAAAACCUUCACGCUUCUAAAUCGAGUUUAUGACCUAAUUAGACAUGACACAGUCAAACCAGAUGAAAUCUUAAUUCUUUCAUUGACGAAUAAAGCGGUUGAUAAUAUUGUUCUUAAAAUAUCAGAAACUUUUAGAAAACUUAAUUCUGAUGGACAUUGGACGGAUGAAGAAUUGGUUGCAAUAAUUGAUCAGCUUGGGAUUCACACAUUUCAUUCCCUGGCUAAUAAAAUUGUGAGCGAACGGGUUGGGUUAGUUAGUGUUAUUGAAGACAAUGGUUGGCGAGGGCUUAUGAAAUUGCUACCGAAUGACUUUUGGAAGACUAGAAAGCUGAGUUUAACUCGUACACCAAAGGUGUUUGCACGUUUCAUAAGGGAAUAUCAGAUUGGGAAUAUCAGAAAAGAAGGAGAUCCAAUUGCAGAAAAAUUGCUCACUUUCAUGAAGGGCUCAAAUAUAAUCACUAAUGAUGACUUGUUGUUAUUAGCUAGUUCAAAUCUAGAUACAGCUAUGGAGGAGAACUGCACUGGAUUUACUAAUGAUGUGCUUUAUAAAUUUAAAGUGAUAUUCGUGGAUGAAUAUCAAGAUCUCUUCCCUGUACUAGCUCCAUUGUUGAAGAAAAUCGCGCUGAACAAACAACUUGUCAUGUUUGGGGAUGAAGAUCAAAGCAUUUAUGGCUUUUUAGGAAACAAUUCAAUUGUUAUGAAGGAGUUAGCUUCAAUUAGAUCGAAGAACAAAUCAGUGGUUCUAAACUUAUUCGAUAACUUCCGUUGCACUCCUGAGAUUACCAAGACAGCAAAUAAAUUAACUAAUAACCCAAAAAAAUCACUUAUCGAAGAUUCAAAAGAGCUUAAAAGAUUUAUUAAACCGCCAUCCAAUGUUCUUCCAUGUGUACUUAAUACUAUUGACACUAUUGAAGAACUAGAGUUUUUAACUGAUCAAAUAUGCCUACUGGUAUCCAGUUCCGUAAAGCUGUCUGACAUUGCAAUUUUGACUAGGACAAAUAUCCAGAUGAGUGAAAUUGCGACCCAUUUAUCAAGCUAUGGGAUACCAAUAGAGAAAUUAACUUCACAACCAGAUUGGAUGUCUGAUGUUCGUUUGGGAUUUUUGAUCGAUUUAUUAAAAGUUGCAACUUUAGUACGUGAGGAAGCAUUACUUCCUGAAGAUUCAGGCGUUCAAUCAACUAAAAAAAGUGACUUCAGUGUGAUUCUAACAUUAAGUGCACUUAAAGGAAUCGGAGAUUCCACAAUACAAUCGCUUUAUGACGCUGCAAACAAACAAGGUUUGUCGUUGUGGAAUUACAUAACUAACUCAUUGCGAUAUAAUUGGAAGCACGGCUUAUCCAGUAAGAACAAAGUUGAAGCAUACGUGGAUACUAUAGAGCCGUUAAUAGACAAUAUUGCAUUGCAGAAGUUAGAUGCGCCGAAGGAGUUGAUAAAUAAUUUAAUCGAAGUUGGAAUAAAAUUAGAAAUUCAAAUGUUGCAGCCAAGUGCUAACCAGGAUUUAGAAGAGCUAAACUCAAACCUUGUGGAAUUCUAUAAAGUCGUUAAGUCAUGUUCGCUGAACAAACCAUCUGAAGUCUCCCUUGCAGAAUGGAUUUUAAAAACUUAUUCCGAACAAACUUUGGCCGUACAUCGCAGGCUGUUUACUAAUCCAGAGAAUAACACAUCCCAAUGUAUAAGGUUAUCAACUAUUCAUUCAUCCAAAGGGUUGGAAUUUCCAAUAGUUUUUUUGAUGGGGAGGUCUCAACUUAAUUUUCCAAUUGAUAACAAUAGUUUAUAUGUUGGCAUGACAAGAUGCCGUAACCUAUUGUAUCUGGUCAAUGUGAAUCAUCCAAAGAUCAAAAAUUUACCCAAUAAAUCCCCUUAUGAUACUCUAAGAAACAAAGAUUUUUGGGCUUAUUAUAAUAGGGACUUGAAUAGACCAUAUAAAGUAACAAAUCAUGAUGGUUUACAAAUUUACAAUCAAUUAAGAAAGAAGUACAACCUCCGUAGCAACCAUACAAGAUCAUACUCUAGUAUCUCUCGGUUCUUCGUUACAUUUACUAGAAAUAUCAUUAAAUAG